AAAACGUCUCUUGGUAAUUUUGAAGAUGGCUAACCCUAGUAACUCUCUCAGCUUGAACAACACACUCCAACUGGAAGAGGAAGAUGAUGACCUGGUUAUCCUCCCUCACGUUGACAACUCUGAGCUCAUUGCUCGCUUUCAACUUAGAUUAGUGGGUAGGCUUUUCAACAAAGAGAGAAGGAGUGUGGAAGCCCUCAUUGCCCUCCUGCCUAGACCCAACAUAUGGGAUGUUGAAGGCAGAGCUAGAGGUGUGGACCUUGGGAAUCACAGAUUUCAAUUUGAUUUUGAGUCGGAGGUUGACCUACAGAAGGUGCUCAGUAAACGACCAUGCCACUUCAACAAAUGGUCUUUUGCUCUGGAACGUUGGACUCCACACGUAGGUGACUCGUUUCCUCACAAGAUGACUUUCUGGGUUACUGCCACUGGAAUUCCGACACACUUCUGGCUUGAGCCAAUCUUCAAGGCCCUUGGGAAGGGACUCGGGCUAGUUGGAAAAGUGGAAGAAAAGGCGGCAAAAUUUGAAUUGGAGCUGGAUGCAGAGCGUCCCUUAAAAUUCAAGCUCCGUGCGCAACUACCUUCGGGUGAGAUCGUCCCUGUAACUCUCGAAUACUCAAACCUCCAUCGUUGGUGCCACCACUGUCGUCUCAUAUCCCAUGAAAUCGAUACUUGCCCUCAACUAACUGAUAAACAAAGAGAACAGUUAGCAAAAGAGAAAGACCUAUCAAGAGACCAAGUCCCCUUUCCUAGAAUGGAAGUCAACAGAAAUGGAGAGAAUUCAAGGAGAGCAACGCACCUGUCACAAAGGCUCCAUUGCCACAGGAAAGGCGACAGGGAGAUCAUCCUCAACGAGACAACAGGGACAGCGUUUGGAAACGCAUUGACUCCCGUUAUGCUCCUAGAGAAGACUACCGCCGAGACCACCGUCUAGCUCCUCGUGAACAAGAGAAACUGCCACACCAAAAAGAAACUUACAA